CUUCUCUUGUCCUUCUCCAGCACCACUCACCACCAGUCUUUACCUCUACUUCCCUCCUCAAAAAACAUGCUUUCCCGUAAAUCCUUUGUUGUCCUUUUGGCCAUGGUUGGUCUCUCAAAUGCAGGUCCUCUUGCCUAUGGGAUUUGCCAAUCAGGAUGUAAUGCUCUUGUGGUAGCAUGCUACGCAGGAGCGGGUUUUACUUUCGGAACAGUUACCGCGGGUGCUGGUGUCCCUGCUGCUAUAGUAGCUUGUAAUGCAGGGCUUGGAACAUGCAUGGUCGGUUGUAUUGCUGCUGGAUUCACUCCAACCCCUUAGUCUUCUCGUACAAAGAUAAAAGAAAGCAUGAAAUGCGACGAAUGUUUAAGCAAGCCUUGGCCAACUAUCCACGUCAUAUAUUCUUUAUUCUCUAAAAAAAAAAGAGAUAGUCAAGCAGCGC